AUGCGCUUUACCCUCUCUGAGGAGCGGAUGGAAAUGGAGUGCGAGGCACACUUCUGCCCUAUUCACACCAUCAGGCCACACUUCUGCCCUAUUCACACCAUCAGGCCACACUUCUGCCCUAUUCACACCAUCAGGCCACACUUCUGCCCUAUUCGCACCAUCAAGACACACUUCUGCCCUAUUCGCACCAUCAAGACACACUUCUGCCCCAUUCACACCAUCAAGACACACUUUUGCCGUAUUCACACCAUCAAGACACACCUCUGCCCUCUUCACAGCAUCAAGCAACAUUUCUGCCCUAUUCCCACCAUCAAGACACACUUCUGCCCCAUUCACACCAUCAAGACACACUUUUGCCGUAUUCACACCAUCAAGACACACCUCUGCCCUCUUCACAGCAUCAAGCAACAUUUCUGCCCUAUUCACACCAUCAAGACACACUUCUACCCUCUUCACACCAUCAAGGCACACUUUUGCCCUCUUCACAUCAUUAAUUGCUUCUAUUCUGCAUAUUCAUCUGGAUCUCUAGGCAGCUUAAUUACCAAACCGGAACAAGAUUGCUAA